UUUCUUUUCUUCUCGAGAUUUUUAUUUAAAUAUUUUAAACAAUGGAAUCUGAUACUAUUGAUGAAGGGGUACAAGCAGAUCUCCCAGAACCAGACAACGAAGAGGAUCAACUUAAAAUAAGACCACUCGAACGUAUAAAACUUCAUCCAAAGGUUCCCAUAGAAAAAUCUGCAUACGGGAAAGGAAAGAAUUUUAGCAGAGACUGGAUUCUUCAGGAUGGGAGAGAAGUUCCUGCCAAAGGCAGUGAAAUGCGCGAUAGCUUUUCAGUUCCUAAAAAACCCAAACAUGGCGAAGGCAUUCGCAAAAGGAUGUUGACCGAUUUCUUUUGGGAGCAAAUGCUGGACGAAGUGAUUGAAGAAUUAGCCACCUCGCAGCCAGUGGUCGAAUACUGCUCCGAGUACGACGCCAACUACAUACGAGACAAUUUUGAACCACGCAAUUUAGAAGUUACUGCCGACAAAAAUAUGCAUCUCAAGUAUCCACUUUAUGGAACUGGAUCUAGUGCAAUCACGUAUUAUAGUGAAUCUAUAAAGAAGACUGGCCCUGGAGAAAUAUUGGAAAAAUUCCGCCGGUGCCAAUAUUUCACGAAACCAAUGGAAGAGAGAUUGGAUAAUGGCUGGGUUUUGUAAUUUUGCGUGCGUUUACAUUUAUUAUUUACGGUGUGCAAAUUAAAAUGCUUGUCUUUAAAUGAAAAUAUAUUUCAUUAGUAAUAAAUAAUGGUUUUUGAAUUCAAUAGC